AGCCACUGCGGCCCGAGGCCCGAGAGAAGGCCCUGGCGCCGCCUGCGCCCGCCGCCGCUGCGCGGGGCCCGCCUGGCUGGCAAAUCCCCGUCUCCUGACCAUGGAAGCCGGCGGCGAGGAGCCCGCCGCCACCGCCGACGACGGCGCCCGUCCUGCAGCGGGCCGAGAGGCGGCGCCCACGGACGAGGCGGAGCUCGGCGCCCCCGGCGGUGCCCUGCCGGUGCCUGCCGUGGACCCGGUGCCCCCGACCACCUCCGAGGAGGAGCGGUGCGCGGACGACAGGAGCAGCAGGAGCAUCGCGUCAGCGGAGCAUCCAGAGCACACGUGCGCGCACGCGGAGCGGUGCGCGGACGACAGGAGCAACAGGAGCAUCGCGUCAGUGGAGCAUCCAGAGCACACGUGCGCGCACGCGGCUCUGGCGAAGGUCGCGCGAGGGGCCCUCGUGGAGGUGGUCGGCCUCGAGAGGAGCGCCGACCUCAACGGGAGCAUCGGGAGGAUCGGAGGCCACGAUGAGGCCUCGGACACCUACGUGGUGCAUUUCGCCUCCGGGCGCCCGUCGAAGGCCAGGCUGCGGAGGCAGAACUUCCAGGCCGCGCCAGAGGGAGCGGCCGAGAAGGCCCAGGCGGAGGCCCCGCCGCCGCGGGAGGCCGCGGACGCAGGGCUGGCGCCCGGGCAGGCCAUGGUGCCCGUGACGACGACGUUCGGGCUGGGCCAGACCCACCAGGAGGAGGCGCAGAGCUCCUGCCCCGGCCUCGUCUCCGUCGUGCACACGUAUGCCGCCGUGACGAAGCGCUGCCCCGUCGCCCUGAUCGUGCUCUACCUCGUCCUCCUCGUCGCGCUCAUCGCGGGCGGCUGGCGGACCUUCGAGCUGGACGAGGAGUUCUCCAGCUUCGUCAAUGCCGACGGCCAGGCCAUGCGGAACCGCGAGGCCUACCUCCUCGCACUGCAGGAGAUGGGCGACUCCGCCGACGGCCGGCGCCUGCUCGGGGUCGGCGGCGACGCCGGGGCCGCCCGGCGUGCGCCGCGGACGGAGGCCGCCCGCGCCGGGGGCGACGCGGCGAGGGCCGAGGGCGCCGAGGCUGCGGCGGCCACCGCGGCGAACGGGUCCUCCGCACACCGCCGGCUGUCGCAGGCGUACUCCAUGAACUGGCUGAGGGACGGGAACACGUUCAGAGAGCGCGCGUUGAGGGACCAGCGGGACUUCGAGGCAGAGCUCCGCAACGGCACGAGGUGGCAGAACUACUGCAGAGAGAAGGUCGUCGCGGAGGCCGAGCGGUGGAUGUGCGAUCCGGGCGAGUCCUUCGCCGCCCUAGCAUACCCGAGCCAGGGGAGCGCCACCUCUGCGCACGAGGACUUCAAGCUGGCCUACGACGGCCGGGGCACCGACCUGAUGUCCCUUCGCGCGGUGUUCGCGCAGAUGCAGGACGGCUUGGAAAACGGUAACGACAAGUCGCGGGAAAUUAUCCGGUAUUUCCCGAAAUCGUUCGAGAUGCCGGAUGUCCUGAACACCGACUCUGAGAUCGAGAAGACGAUAGCAAUCAGAACCACAUUCACCUGGUACAUCUACUUUGGUAGCUUGAGCGACUCCGUGAGCGAACAGCGGGAUGGCAAGCAGAAGGAGAACGAGGAGUACGAAGAGUUCUUGGUUGACUACAUCUACCCUAUCCUGCAACAGGCGAGCGACAAAUACUCCAACGUGCACAUCUACUACACAGGUGACCUCAUCAAGAGCCACGAGAUCAGGAUCACGCUGUGGAGCGACAUCCUCCUGGCCAUAGGGUCCAUCAUCUUCGUGACGAUCUUCAUGUGGGUUCACAUGCGGAGCCUCCUGCUUGCGCUGGGUGGCUUCUUCAUCAUCUUCUCCUCCGUCCCGGUGGCCUACGUGCUGACGCCCGUGGCCAAGACCACGGUCGCUUCCUUCCUGUCGCUGUUCCUUGUCACUGUGAUCGACAUCGAUGUCAUCUUCGUGUUUGUGGACAUGUGGGAGCAGAGUUCCCGCAUGAAGAAUCCUACCAUCGAAGGCCGCUUGGUGGAGAUGAUCAUGCGCGCUGGGAAGAGCACCCUGGCGACCUCGCUGACGACGUCGCUGAGCUUCUUCGCCAACCUUGCCAGCGCGCUCCAGCCGCUGCGUGAGUUCGGCCUGUUCAUGGGCCUGUCGGUCAUGAGCGUUUAUUUUCUCGCGCUGCUGUUCAUGCCCCCGCUGGUGGUCCUUCGCGAGCGCUGUGCCGACGAGGCCAAUAGGCGCAAGAUCAUGACGCGCACCAUUGAUAUCUCGCUGGGCCAGAUGACUACGCUGGAGGUCAGCAGCUGGGGGCCAUGUUCGUUCCUCUGCGGCCCAAUCGAUAAGGACAAGCCUCGUCUCGUCAACUCGCUGCUGGCCAAGCUCGUUGACAGCAUCGCGGGGUGCAGCUGUGCGCUGCUGUGCCUCACGUUCCUGUGCCUGCCGGUGUUCUUCUGGGGCAUCGCCACGCAGAUCACGGUGGACACGGGCAUCCCGGAGAUCUUCCCCGAGGGCCACAACCAGGCCGAGGUGCUGAAGUACGCCCCCGACUUCGACGCCGCCGACGACCUCUCCGUGUGGAUCGGCAACGUCGAGAGGGGCGGCUCGGUCUGCAAGCUGGACGUCUUCGGGUCCAGGAGCCCCCCGGGCGAGGGCUGCGUCCUGAACUGGUGCGAGCUGGACGCGGAGGAGCAGCCUCCGGCGGUCGACGAGGCCCUGUGCUUCCAGGCGACCGCGAGGGCGGGAGCGGGCGGCGCGUGGGACGUCACUCCGGGGCACGGGGGCUACGACGGCUGCGACACCGUGGAGGUGGUCUCCCGCCUCGUGGCGGCGGAGGCGAGCUGGCCGACGUCGGAGGCUGCCUCCACGGCCUGGCUCCAGGAGUCGGGCGCCCUGACAACCUUCGCUCCGGGACUGGAGGGCCUCUACGAGCUCGACGUUUCGGAGAGCAGGUUCAUCACGGAGCGGCCGAUGGGCUUUCAGGAUUGGCAGGCUGGGUCCGUCCACAUGACGUCGUUGGCGAAGUCAUCGGUGAAGGCCUGCCCCAGCUUGGUGGACAAGGAGGACGACGACCCCUACACGAGUUUAGACGACAAGGUCUGCCCAUACGCAUUGCCAGCGACGCCGACAGGCAACGACGAGGUCCAGAACGUGUCCAGCCGGCACUGCGAGAUACACACCGUCUGCUUCGCCGGCACGCGGGUGUGCAAGAUGCCGGACAAUUGGGCCCUGGCCAACUUCACCCUCAACCUCAGCGCGGCGGUCGGCGGUUCUUCCGAGCGGCUGCUUCUUGCGCCAGACGCCGCCAGCGACCCCGUCGACGCCGUCCGCCGCCCCAGCGGAGGCCGGGUUGGGAGCCGCCCGCGCCGAGCUGCAGUUGGCCGGCAGCUGUCGGAUUUCGAAUGGUACAACUGGGACGUGUAUAUGGUGCCGUCGAUGCAGAGCCGACCGACCGACAGUUGGUAUCCCAUGUACCCUGGAAACUUCGACGUCACGCUCGUGUACGGAAUUCGUCCGGCCAGGUCCACGCCACUCGUCGGCAAGUGGCCCGAGUAUUGGAGCUUCGAUACCACCUUCGAGCCGUCAAACCCGUGGGCGCAGCGGGCGGUACUGAAUAUGUGCACGAAUGCCUUUCUGACCUACGACCUUUUCGUGCUAGAUCCCGAUGCGUACCCGUCUGAGGUUUAUUGUUGGGCGUGGUAUUUCAGACAGUGGUUGAACGAAGGGAACGGGGCUGGGUCGUUUCCAUCGCGCGAUUUCGACGCGGACUUCAAGACAUUCUACGACCAGUAUGAUUCGAUUACCACCGACGUGAAGAAGGACAUCUGGAUGGACGAUGGCAAGAUGAAGGCUUGCAAGAUGUCCAUGCACGUCGACCUGAGUCGCGACAUGACGAAGGAAGCUGGCUUGAGCUACAUGAGCAAGUGGGAUGCUUUCGUCGAGUCCGAGAAUGCCAAGGCGCACAUGACUGCCAACAAGGCCUGGCACACGGCGCAGGUCUGGGUGAGCGCGGAGGCUCACGAUGCCAUUAUCAGCGGUACAACGUCGACUAUUCUCAUCGAACUCCUGUGCAGCUUCACUGGGCUCAUCAUAUUCACAGGGGAUCUGAUUCUCGCCGUCCUCGUGCUGACCCUCGUGAUUAUUAACAUCAGCGGGCUCGCAUUCUUCAUGAUUUCUAUCAUGAAGUGGGCCAUCGGGCCGAUCGAGGUGAUAUGCCUCGUGCUUAGCCUCGUGGUCUUCGUGGGCUUCUCCGUCACCUACAGCCUCCACAUCGCGCACAACUUCAGCAGGAUCCGCGAGGGAGACAGUCUCUACAAGGAGGCCCUGCAGAAGAUUCGAAGACGGCAGCAGAGGAGAGCAUCGAAGCAGAAGGCGCAGAAGAGGGGCGACCCCGCCCUGGGGGCGCCGGAAGACCAGGACGAGCCCUGGACACCGACUCCCUUCGACUGCCGCGUGGCGCGCACCCGCGUGGCGAUGAUGAGAGUGGGCGGUGCAGUGCUCAGCUCCACGGUCUCCACCAUCGGCGGCAGCGUCUUCCUGCUGUUCUGCACCCUCACGAUCUUCCUCAAGCUUGGGGCCGUCAUCAUGUGCGUCACCACGCUGUCGGUGUUCUACACGGUCGUGUCCCUGCCCGCCGUGCUCAUCCGUUUCGGCCCGUCCGGGGAUCCGUGCUACAAGAGAGCUCCCAGGCGCAUGUGGCGCGCCCUGACGGGCAGUGCAGUCCAGCCCCGCGCCGACGAAGAGCCCUUGAUGCAGGUGCCCAUGGAUGACCUCGACAUCCUGUACUGA